GAGGAACCAUAGUACCAAAAAAAAAAAAGAAGAGAAAGAGAAUGGGUAACAACAUAGGAGGAAGUACGAAGAAGACAAAGGUGAUGAAGAUUAACGGCGAAAUCCUUAAACUGAAGACACCAAUAACAACGUUAGAGGUAGUUAAAGACUACCCAGGUCAUGUUUUAUUGGAAUCAGAAGCAGUGAAGAAAUUUGGGAUUAGAGCUAAGCCAUUAGAGGCAGAACAAGAGCUGAAGCCGAACAAAAUAUAUUUUCUUGUAGAAUUGCCUCUGUUUCCUAAAGAAGAAAUUACUAAGGUUACAAGAAGGGUGAAAUCUGAUGUUCAUAUGAACGCACAAGAUCGGCUGGAGUGCCUUAUGUUAAGCCGGAGAUCGGCUUCGGAUUUAUCGAUUUCGAAGCCGAGUAAUGGAGCUGUUGUUCAGCUGAAGAUGAAGCUGCCCAGAAGUGUAGUACAAAAGUUGAUUGAAGAAAGCAGAGAUGAAACAGAGGUUGCUGAGAAAAUUAUGGAUCUUUGUAUGCACAAUUCCUAAAACUUACGUACUAGUUUUUUUUUUUGCAUCUUUUUUGUUUGGUCGUCAAUUACUAUAAACAAUAGGCUCAAAAUCUAAUUUCAAGAAUUGCAUAUAGUUUUACAGAAACUUGUGCUUGUUUGCUGUUUAUUUGCUGUUAGUAUUGAUCUUCUUUGU